UUCAAACUGUUUGAAAUGAAUGUUAAGGAUGCCGGGGUUCUUGCAUCUCUUCGAGUUCUAAGACGUGCUAUAUCCGGUACAUUGAGCUCCGGGGACCUGAUCCUUCCCGUUCCGGGUCCUGUUAAACCCAAUAUAUCUGUGUUUGAACCUGAUGCUAAGAUUAGGGAUGAGAUAUCAGGCUUAGUUACUGCAUGUGUUUGUUGUUACUGUGAGAAGAUCUUAACUACCGACUAUCAGAUCAAAUACAGAAGAUCUCUUUUUAUUAUCAAUAAAAUGAAAAUUUUAAGGGAUAUUCUGCUGGAGAGACGGGGUAGACAGGAGAUACUGGAUAUCCUACUCCUCACUGAGACAGGGAUACUCAUUGACAUAUCGGAAACCAUGAAAAAUUUAGAAACUAGAUUUCAACGUUCUAAACGGAACCUAGACGGGUUUAGAAGCGCUGUUGAGAGCUUAGUAUCCGGGUUCGGAGAAAAGGGGAAACUCAUUCUUCCCGAGGAUUCAACCUUCUCCAACCUUCACGCGGUUCUGAAAAUAUCAGGUUUAGUGGAUAAUUUAGCGACGUACACAGGGGUUGAAACUGCUCUGAGCAAUCUUAUCUCGGAGAAAUUCAACCUGACGGAGAAAAUCCGCCGAGAAGAGAAAUCCCGACUCCGGCAUCUGGAGCAGACAGAGAUCAGUAUACGUCGUCUCUCCUCUAGUUUACAUAUAGACAUGGAUUCGUCUCUAAAACCUCUGUGUCUGGUUCCUCGGGAAAUAUCUAGGGGUAUAUCAAGUAUAGACCGAGGAAUGAGGGACCUGGAGCUGAAACUAAAGAAACUUUUGACAGACUGGGAAACUAAAAAGACUGAGCUGAAAACGAAACCGUACUUCAAGUUACAAAGAGAGGCCUGGAUAGAUUUCCUAUUGAGACCUGAUACUCUAACCGUGAAUAUCCGGGCUGUGCAAAACAAAGUAAAAUACUAAACCCAACUCCCUCCGAACUAAUACCAGUGAUAGGUUUUCAAAUUUUCAUCAACCCUGUUUUAACUCUAGAAUUACAUUUAUCUAUGUUUUAUUGCA